GAAUCUGGGAAGCGUAGUCCAGGCGGGCUCGGCAGCGAAGCCACUUCCGCCCCAGGUAUGCGAGGCCGCGGCCUGCGCUUCUUGCAGAAAGGUCACUGCCUUUCCCUAGAAAAAGGAGGAAGAAAUGACCAAAUUUCAGGAGGCGGUGACCUUCAGGGACGUGGCCGUGGUCUUCAGCGAGGAGGAGCUGGGGCUGCUGGACUCUGCCCAGAGGAAGCUGUACCGGGACGUGAUGCUGGAGAACUUCAGGAACCUGCUCUCCGUGGCACAUCAGCCCUUCAAACCAGACCUGAUAGCCCAGUUGGAGAGAGAAGAAAAGCUUUUGAUGGUGGAGACAGAAACCCAAAGAGAUGAAUAUCCAGGACACAACAUUCAACAUAAGGAGCAUAUUGAAGAAAUGGGAUUAAGUUACCUUCCCCCCAGAGAGCUUUCCUCCUAUCAGACCUGGAAGCAAGGUGCUAUCGGCUUAGCCACUUGUCAAGAUUCCAUGAAAAUCUUUCAGGAAAAGAAUUUCCAGUUGCAAAGACAAGGGGCUUCUCCCUGCCAGACGUGGGCAGGAAUGCCAAUCCAGAUUUCGGAAGAUGGGAACUAUGUAAUGAUUCAUGUAGUGGAUGAUUCCAGUUAUGUAAAAAAUCAAGAGUUUCCAUGCUUGAGAGCCCAACACCCUUGGAGGAAAAUGUAUCUGACCGAGGCCCAUAAUCCUCAGUGUAAAUGUCAACAAAUUUCCAUGAAAAAUACUUUCUGUACGUGUGAGAGUGUCAGUUGGAUUUCACGUCACAAUGAUAAUCAGGGAGUACACAGAAAUGAAAAAAACUACAAUGACAGUGACUGUGGAGAGGAUAGCAUGGACGUACCGUUUCUUAAUCAGAACUUGGUCCAGGCAGAGCAGAAGCCCUGCCCAUGUACUGAGUAUAGAGAAGACUUCAGUGAUGACUACAGCUCUGAUGUUCAGCAGCAGCUGGACCUAGCAGGGAAACCAUGUAUACGCAGUCCGUGUGGAAGGGCCUAUAAUUAUACGUCAGUUCUUCGCAGUCAUCCCAGUGUGCAGAGAGAUGAAGGUGCUGUGGAGAGUUUACAUCUGCAGUCCCAUCAGAGAGCACGUACAGAGAAGGAAUCAUGUACAUGUGGUGAAUAUGGCAAGAAUAUCAACCAGCGCUCCUCUCUUAGCUCUUACGAGCUCACCUAUACAGGAGAAAUACCCUGGAGGUGCAAAGCUUAUGAGAAAGCCUUCAGUCAUAGUUUAGACCUCAGUAAUAAUUUUAGGGUCCAUACUAGGGAGGGAUCCUAUGAAUACGAGGAGAAUGGGAACAUUUUUAAUAAGAAUUUUUAUCUUCGGGUUCAUCAACAUCAGAAUAUCUACACUGAAGAGAAACUGUACACCACUGUGGAGUAUGGAAAAGAUUUAACUUGUUAUUCAAAUCGUCACGGUCAGCAUAGAGUUCACAUGGAGAAUUCCUAUAAUCCUGAGGAGUGUGGUAAUGACUUCAGCCUGGCCUCACGUAUUCAGGGCUUUCAGAUAGCCCACCCCAGGGAACAACCAUAUAAACAUGCCUACAGCAGUAGUCAAAAUUCAUGCAUUCAAGACCGUCAGAAGACUCACAUUAGAGAAAAACCUUACAAGGAGUGUGGAAGUGGCUUCGACUGGAGUUUGAAACUUAAAAGUCAUCAGAAAGCCCAUGCUGGACAGAAGCCAUACAAAUGCAAUGUAUGUGGCAAAAGCUUCCGUCAUAGAUCGGUUCUUAAUGUUCAUCAGAGAGUCCACACAGGAGAAAAACCGUAUAAAUGUGAGGCGUGUGAUAAGGGAUUCAGUCGGAGCUCAUACCUUCAAGCGCAUCAGAGAGUCCACUCUGGGGAAAAACCGUACAAAUGUGAGGAAUGUGGGAAGGGCUUCAGUCGGAAUUCCUACCUUCAAGGCCAUCAGCGAAUACACACUGGAGAGAAACCGUAUAAGUGUGAGGAGUGUGGUAAAGGUUUCAGCCGGAGCUCACACCUCCAAGGCCACCAGAGAGUUCACACUGGAGAAAAACCAUUCAAAUGUGAGCAAUGUGGGAAGGGCUUCAGUUGGAGCUUUAAUCUGCAAAUUCAUCAACGGGUUCACACAGGAGAAAAACCGUACAAAUGUGGGGAAUGUGGUAAAGGCUUCAGUAAAGCCUCAACUCUUCUGGCCCAUCAGAGAGUUCACACAGGCGAGAAGCCAUACCACUGUAGCGAGUGUGGUAAGGUCCACACUGGGGAAAAACCGUUCAAAUGUGAUGCAUGCCAGAAGCGCUUCAGCCAGGCUUCACACCUUCAGGCCCACCAGAGAGUCCAUACUGGUGAGAAACCCUAUAAAUGUGAUACGUGUGGUAAGGCCUUCAGCCAGAGGUCGAAUCUUCAAGUCCACCAGAUCAUCCACACUGGUGAGAAACCAUUCAAGUGCGAGGAGUGUGGGAAAGAAUUCAGCUGGAGUGCGGGGCUCAGUGCUCAUCAGAGGGUCCACACUGGAGAGAAGCCCUACACGUGUCAGCAGUGUGGGAAGGGCUUCAGUCAGGCCUCGCAUUUCCACACACACCAGAGGGUCCACACCGGAGAGAGGCCUUACAUAUGUGACAUCUGCUGUAAGGGCUUCAGUCAGAGGUCACAUCUCGUCUACCAUCAGAGGGUCCACACUGGAGGGAACCUGUAGACUUCGAGGUGUGAAGUAGCCUUCAUCUCCUUUAGAAGGCCCUGGUUGAGGGGGAGAAGACUCCAGAAUUCAGAAGCUCCUUAAAUGCUGUGCUUUAAUGACUCAGAUUAAUUCCUUACAAAUGUCAGAUUUAACAUAAGAGAAACGUACUCGUUCUAUAAGUGUGGUCAGUGUUUAUACCAAACUUCCAAAGGGUCACCAUCCUGCGGAUGUGAUCCAACAGAAGAAUCUUAACAUUUGUCAGAAUGUACCAGGAGAGCGGCCUUAUAAAUGAAGGUUAUGGGCAGGACUGUAACGAAAGUAUGAUUGACAGAACGAUGUCAACGAAAGUGUAACUCCCACGAGGGAGGUGCUUCCCACUGUGUCUCUGCCAUGCAGGGCUGUGCUGGGCUUAUGAUAAGGCCCAGCAGUUUCUAAAAAAAUGGAGAAAAUCCCUAUAACUAGGACCAGUAUAUAAAGAUGCUAGUCAGUUCCCUACCUUAUACUUAUUAAUUUAUAUUCAUAAGGAAUCCUGAAAGUAGCCUUAAUGACAGUUUUAGGAAAUAGGUACAAAACAUACUGCCACCCACAGUAGUACAAAUUUUGGACAAAAGACUUGCAAAUCUCUCCCACCCAUCACAGCCUCAGUUCUUUGUACAGUGUAUCAGUUGUAUACAGUGUAAUUUUUAGUAUUGUUUGUACUUUAUAGACUGAAAAGCACUUUUUAUUAAUGUGAUACUACAUUUUAUAUGAUUAGAAUUUGGGUGCCCUAAUUCAUUAAGGUACAGUUUUACUGUAACAAAAUGUUAAAAGUGGUUACUGAUGACAGUUUCUUAGUAAACUUAAAUCUUGUU